AUGAAGCUCGACCCCUCACAACUUACUGCUUUCCUGGCAGCCAACUCAACUGGUGUCGGUGUUCUAGUAUGUCCUGGCGGUGGCUACAGCAUGAUGGCUCGAGGCCACGAAGGACACGACCCUGCCCGAUAUCUCAACACUCUUGGUAUUGACGCCUGGGUUCUUGAAUACACAACAGCCUCCAACAUGACCCCACCAUUAUAUCCAAAGCCAAUGGACGAAGCCCUCGGUGCAUUGGAUCUCAUUCGACAAGAGGCUCCUGAUCUGAAGAAACUCGGCAUCUGGGGCUUCUCAGCCGGAGGUCACCUUGCAGGUACAACACUUACAAAUCCUCAGACCAAUCUCGAUUUUGGUAUCUUGGGUUAUCCUGUCAUUACUCUUGAGGACGAUUACACCCAUGAAAACUCGCGAUACAACCUUCUCGGAAACAAUCCUACCAAACAGCAAAUUGAUGAACUCUCGGUGCAGAAGAGAGUUUCUGACAAGACACCCCCGACUUUCCUAUUCCACACCUCAAACGAUGGUCUCGUUCCGGUGCAGAAUACGUAUCUUUAUGCAGAGGCUAUGGCGAAGCAUGGAAGAUUGACUCAUGUGGUGGUGCUUCCUGAUGGGCCUCAUGGAAUCGGCUUAGCGCAGAAUGACCCUGUUCGAAACUGGACGCCAGAGCUGAAGCGAUUCCUUACAUAUUCCAUCUAG